GAGUCAAGAGGCUGUAUAUGAAUGCAGUAUAUGAACACGCAUCAACGUUUAUACGUGUUGAGAAUGUUCUCGCUGAAAUUGAUCAUUAAGGCAAAUUGUGUUGGAGUAUAAAUGUUUUGUCUAGAAUAUUGAAUCGUAAACUUUGAUAGCAAAACUACAACACAAUAACGUCGGAGAUGGAAAACAUUAUUUUCAUUCUAGCCACUCUAAUGCUCGUCCAAGUGAAUACAAUUCAAGGGUUUUCGUGCAAAAUGAUGACAAUGCAUGAUGACAAUUGUGUGUUUCCUUUCAAAUACAAGAACACGCUGUAUAGCUCAUGUACAAAUGUGGAUCAUAACAGACAAUGGUGUGCAACGAAGUAUAACUUUGACAAAGACAAGAAAUGGGGAAAUUGUCGCACCACUGUUGACUCAACUUCAUGCGAUGAAGUGCUAAGCCGAAGCAACUCUUCAAAAAUGAUAAACGGAGCGUAUUUUAUCAAAACUGGCGAUCAAGACACGAAGGUUUAUUGUCAAAUGGAACCAUUACCCGGAUGUUCUGGUAAUGGCUGGACUCUUGUCAUGAAAAUAGACGGAAAAAAGUCAACGUUUGACUAUUCAUCGCCCUAUUGGAGCAAUAAAGUUUCUUAUUCUAUUAACAAUGGAGAAACUGGGUUUGAUAACAAAGAAACGAAACUGCCAACGUACUCAAGUGCUUCAUUUUCAAAAUUGUGCCUCGGAAUGAAAGUUAAGAAUGACUUACGGUUUAUUGAGCUCGACUAUCGUGCAAAAUCUUUGUAUGACGUCAUUGCUUACAACAAGUACCGUUCAUUUACGGCUUCUCGAAGUACCUGGGAAUCACUAGUUGCACAUCCAUCUUUACAGCUAAACUGCAACAAAGGAGGAUUUAAUGUAGAAGGAGAGAAAGAUCUUGCACGAGUGAGGAUUGGUAUUAUAGCAAAUCAGGAAAAUUAUUGUGAUACAGCAGACUCUUUUAUUGGUUUUGGUAGCUCUUAUACUCGUAAGAAAGAUGAGCUCAAUAGCUGUGGAAAUAUGGCAUACUUUAAUCCUAAAAACGGAGCAAGAGAUACCAAAGCGAUGGGGUAUAUUUUUGUACGCAAUUGAUGAUAUAUAAGAGCGAUUUCAUCCUGUACAAAAUUCUGCCAUUUAGUGCUUGUUUCAGUGUUUGUACAUUUUGUCGCUCAUAUAGUUUUUCAUUGCCUAAUUUUUGUGGCUUAGAAGAGAUUUUUCUCGCACCUCCUAGUCCUAAUCCCCCCUCUGUUUAGGAAACAGUGCAUGGACAAAUAUUCAUGUAACUGCAUUUCACAUUGAUAUGUCAAAUUCAAUAUAUUAUCAGAAAAUUGGUCAAAAUGAGUCAUUAAAUAUUGUUUGCAAGUGUAACAAAACAAUGCUCGUUUUGACCAAACUGUAAACUGUUCUUGCAGUUCA